AUCAGGAGACUCAGAGCUUGCCAGACAACCUGGUUUUUCAUGGUCAGACAUGGUAAUCUUAAGCUUGAAUGUUUAACACCUUGAUGGGAAGGGUGUCCCAUGGAAUGUUUUCUCAUCCUCUGAACACUCUUUAUUUCAGAAGCUCAGCUUCUGCUGCAACCAAACAUGUCACUUAGCGUUCUGAGUAAGAAAGAGAAAGAAAAAGUAAUUCACAGCCUGUUAAUACAGGCUCCUCCAGGGGAAUUUGUAAAUGCCUUUGACGAUCUCUGUCUGCUUAUCCGUGAUGAAAAACUCAUGCACCAUCAAGGUGAGUGUGCAGGCCACCAACACUGCCAAAAAUAUUACGUCCCGCUCUCCAUCGAUGGGAAUGCAGUCCUCCUGUCUCACCACAACGUAGUGGGUGACUACCGAUUUUUUGACUACCAGAGCAAACUUUCUUUCAAAUUCGACCUGCUGCAAAACCAGUUAAAAGACAUCCAAAGUCACGGCAUGAUUCGGGAUGAGACAGAGUACCUGAGGACUGUUGUUCUGUGUGCCUUAAAGCUGUACGUGAAUGACCACUAUCCAACGGGAAACUGCAACGUGCUGAGAAAAACGGUGAAAAACAAGGAGUUCUUGAUCGCUUGCAUUGAAGAUCACAGUUACGAAACAGGAGAUUACUGGAAUGGCCUUUGGAAAUCGAAAUGGAUCUUCCAAGUCAAUCCAUUUCUAACCCAGGUAACGGGGAGGAUUUUUGUGCAAGCUCACUUCUUCAGGUGUGUCAACCUUCACGUCGAAAUCUCCAAGGACCUGAAAGAAAGCUUGGAAGUAGUUAACCAAGCUCAACUGGCUCUAAAUUUCGCGAGGCUGGUGGAAGAGCAAGAGAAUAAAUUUCAAGCUGCAGUCUUAGAAGAAUUACAGGAGUUAUCGAAUGAAGCCCUGAGAAGAAUUCUACGAAGAGAUCUUCCAGUGACCCGCACUCACAUUGACUGGCAGAGGAUACUGUCUGACUUGAAUUUGGUGAUGUAUCCUAGAUUAGGAUACGUCAUUUAUUCAAGAAGUGUGUUAUGCAACUGGAUUAUAUAAAGGAUUGCUCCUGG